UCUGGGCGCCCCUAAAUGCCGCCGUUGGUUAUUCCCACUACUCGCAAACAGGAAGGCCAGUCCCGCCCCGGGGAGCCGCGGGGGCCUCUGGGAAGUGUUGUCUUGCGCCUAACGGACCGAGGCUUGUGCUGCCUUCGGUCACAGCCGGCGCCGACCCUGGCGGCUCCUACCUCAGCGCGCACCGCUGUGCCCCUUGGGCGACGUUGAGGUGUGGACUGGGGCCUGUGUCCGCGGGCUUGGUGAAUUAUUCCUGUAUUAAGGAUUCAUUCAUUCAUCCACUCACCAUUUAUUGAAUGCUGUCUGUGUGACAGGAACGAUUCUAGAUGCUUGGGAUAUAGCAUUGAACGAAAGAGACGAACUCCCUGCUAUCAUGGUACUUUGCUGUGGGCCAGAUAAUAAAUGAGCUCUGCCUUCUGAGCCCUGUCCAUUCCCAGAAAGAAGAGGCAAUGACUGAGUCCCAGGAAACAGUGACAUUCAAAGAUGUGGCUAUUGACUUCACCCAGGAAGAAUGGCAGCAGUUGGAUCCUGCUCAGAGGAACCUGUACCGGAAUGUGAUGCUAGAAAACUAUAACAACUUAAUCACAGUGGGCUGUCCAUUCACCAAACCUGAUGUGAUUUUCAAGUUGGAGCAAGAAGAAGAACCAUGGGUGGAGGAAGACGUGUUAAGGAGACACUGUCCAGGAGAAAUAUGGGGAAUUGAUGAGCAUCAGAAAGUCCAGGACAGACUUGUCACACAACGUGAAGAUAAAUUCACAAAAACACUGACUGAAGAAAAAGUCAAUGAAUAUCAUAAGAAAUUUGCAACUGCUUUUCCUCCAAACUCAGACUUUUUUCCUUCCAGUCACAAUCUCUAUGGCUAUGACUUAUUUGGAAAGUGUUUAGAAGAUAAUUUUGACUGUCAUAAUAAUGAGAGAAUCCUUAUAAGAAAGGAACAUUGUGAAUAUAAUGAAUCUAUGAAAUCAUUUGGCAAUAGCUCAUCCCAUCUUGUAGGAACCCCCUUUAAGUGUAAUCAUUGUGGAAAAGGAUUCAGUCAAACCUUGGAUCUCAUCAGACACCUGAGAAUUCAUACUGGAGAGAAACCCUAUGAAUGUAAAAAAUGUAGAAAAGCCUUCAGCCACAAGGAAAAACUUGUUAAACAUCAUAAAAUUCACAGUAGGGAGCAGUCUUAUGAAUGUAAUGAAUGUGGGAAAGCUUUCAUUAAAAUGUCGAAUCUCAUUAGACAUCAAAGAAUUCAUACUGGAGAGAAACCCUAUGCAUGUAAGGAAUGUGGGAAAUCCUUCAGCCAGAAAUCAAAUCUCAUUGAUCAUGAAAAAAUUCAUACUGGUGAGAAACCUUAUGAAUGUAAUGAGUGUGGAAAAGCAUUCAGCCAGAAGCAAAGCCUCAUUGCCCAUCAGAAAGUUCAUACUGGGGAAAAACCUUAUGCAUGUAAUGAAUGUGGUAAAGCCUUCCCUCGAAUUGCAUCCCUUGCUCUUCAUAUGAGAAGUCAUACGGGAGAAAAACCUUAUAAAUGUGAUAAAUGUGGAAAAGCCUUCUCUCAGUUUUCCAUGCUUAUUAUACAUGUGAGAAUUCAUACAGGUGAGAAACCCUAUGAAUGUAAUGAAUGUGGAAAAUCCUUUUCUCAAAGCUCAGCCCUUACUGUACAUAUGAGAAGUCAUACUGGUGAGAAACCCUAUGAAUGUAAGGAAUGUAGAAAAGCCUUCAGCCACAAAAAAAACUUCAUCACGCACCAGAAGAUUCAUACUAGAGAGAAACCUUAUGAAUGUAAUGAAUGUGGGAAAGCAUUCAUUCAGAUGUCAAAUCUCGUUAGACACCAGAGAAUUCACACUGGAGAAAAACCCUAUAUAUGUAAGGAAUGUGGCAAAGCCUUUAGCCAGAAGUCAAACCUCAUUGCUCAUGAAAAAAUUCAUUCUGGAGAGAAACCCUAUGAAUGUAAUGAAUGUGGUAAAGCCUUCAGCCAAAAGCAAAACUUUAUUACACAUCAGAAAGUUCACACUGGAGAGAAACCUUAUGAUUGUAAUGAAUGUGGUAAAGCUUUUUCUCAGAUUGCAUCCCUUACUCUUCAUCUGAGAAGUCACACAGGGGAAAAGCCUUAUGAAUGUGAUAAAUGUGGGAAAGCUUUCUCUCAGUGCUCAUUGCUUAAUUUACAUAUGCGAAGUCAUACAGGUGAGAAGCCCUAUGUAUGUAAUGAAUGUGGAAAAGCUUUCUCUCAAAGAACUUCCCUUAUUGUGCACAUGAGAGGUCAUACAGGUGAGAAACCCUAUGAAUGUAAUAAAUGUGGAAAAGCCUUCUCCCAAAGUUCCUCCCUUACUAUACAUAUACGAGGUCAUACAGGUGAGAAACCGUUUGACUGUAGUAAAUGUGGAAAAGCCUUCUCUCAAAUCUCAUCUCUUACACUUCAUAUGAGAAAACAUACAGGUGAGAAGCCUUAUCAUUGUAAUGAGUGUGGUAAGGCUUUCAGCCAAAAGUCACACCUUGUUAGACACCAGAGAAUUCAUACUCAUUAGAAACAGAAACCUUAUGAAUAUUGUGAUAUGGAAAAGCCUUCAGAAGGAAUUAGCUCCUCCUUGCACAUUACAUAACCAGUUCUAGAGCAGAAAACUGAAUGUGGGAAAGCCUUUUAAAGAAGUCACACAAUUGUGAAACAUGAGAAUUCUUAUCAGGGUGACAAAUUGUAUAAUGAAAAAGCUGAUCAUCAAAAACCUUCAGCAGACAUCUUAUCUAUUGAUGAUAUUUAUUCAGCUUUCUCAUUAAAAUCUGAAAUAAGAUAUCUGCUAUCAGCAUAUCAACAUGAUACUUGAGCUUCUAGCCAAUGUAUAAGGAAGAAUAAGGAGAUUGUGAAAAAAUAGAAACUAUAAAAAUAACCUUUUAUAUGAGAAAUAAUAAGAAAAUGUGUUGAUAUAAAAUAUCCAAGAAUAAACACAACAAUGAAUUAUGAGACAUAUAUAAAAUUAUAAAACAUUUUGAAGGGCACAAAAGAACACCUGAAACAUUGAGAAAAAGUACAUUGUCUGAAAAGACUUGACAUGGUAAAAAACAAAUUCUCUCACAAAUCUUUAAAGUACUUCCACUCAGAGUUUUCACCAGUUAUAUUUUAAGAAUUUCACAAACUGAUUCAAAAUUUUAUAUAGGAAUGUAAAGAGCCACAAAUAGCUGAAACAAAUGUGAAAAAAGAAGACAGUCUGCUAGAUAUCAUCACAUACUUUAUUUAAAGCUGGUGUCAUUUAAACAGUGUGUUCUUGAUGAGUAACUAAAUCAAAACAGUGGAAGCAAAUUGAGGAUUGGAGGAAGGAGAUAUAGGAAUUUUGUGUAUGGUAGUUCUAUUGAGAUCAUUGGAGAAAGGAUGGCCUAUUCAAUAAAUGGAAGAUUCAUCUGAACAAAAAUGUUAGUGUUCUACUUUACACCAUAUACAAAAAUAAAAUCCAAAUAGAUUGAAGACCAGAAUAUAAAAAGCAAAAUUCAAAAACUGAUGAAAAUAAAAUAGAAUAUAUUUAUUACUUUAGAGUAACAAGAUAUCUUUAAAAACACAUAAAUGUAUGGGGCCAGCCCUGGUGGUGUAGUGGCUAAGUUUGGUGUGCUCCACUUCGGUGGCCCGGGUUCGGUUCCUGGGCACGGACCUACAUCACUCAUGGCCAUGCAGGGGCGGCGACCCACAUACGAAAUAGAGGAAGAUUGGCAACAGAUGUGAGCUCAGGACGACUCUUCCUCAGCAAAAAAAAAGAAAACAAAAUGUAAAUAUGGAACAAUCAAUUCUAUUUUGGUAUAUUGGCUUCAUAGGCACCCACAUAUGUGCACAGAGAUAUAUAUCUCUCACUAUGUUCAUUGCAUCAUGGUUUGUAUUACUUUAAAUUGGAUAUAACAAAUUUCCAUUAGUAGAGAAAUAGAUCAAUAUGAUGUGAUUAUUUCUAUGAUAGAAUACAGUAUUUAGAGAGAAGAUACAAAUUCGACAUACAGUUACAUGGAUAGAUCACAAUAUAUAAUAUUGAGAGAAAAAAGCAAAAUGUACAAUGAAACAUAACAUUUCUAUAAAUUUAAUAAUGCAAAGAAUUAUUAAUGCAAAGAAUUACUGGGUGUUGAUCAUGGAUCCGUAUAUGACAUUGGUUGCCUUUUAGGAAGUGGGAAAGGUUUGGAGGGACUUGUUACAUUUAUCUGUAAUAUUUCUUUAAUAAAAGAAAAAACAAAUAUGACAGUGGUAACAAAUCUUGUCAAAAUUAUGUUGAUUUUUUUAUAUUCUUUAUUGCCUUUCUUUAUUUUCCUAUUUAUCUAAAUUAAGAAUCAAAUGGGUGGAAGAAAUCUGGACCUAUAGAAACAAUCUUAAAAUGUAUUCUUCUUUUUAAUCAGAUACUAAUACUUGUAGAAAAUUCUCUUUGCUAAUACACAAACCAAACCUGAAUUAAGAUAAUAUUUUACUUACCCUCUUAUAAUGUUAGGAUAAUAAAAAUCAGCAGUAUAUAUAGCAUUUGUUUGAGGCCAAUUUUUUAAAAUUUAAUUUUUAUUUCAAACACAAGUUCUCCCCUAGUUGAAAGCAGUGAAGAAACAAAAUAAAUUCUCAGUUAUUGGGAUAAUUGAUUCUCCAUUUGGUGGGAAAAAAAUCACCUGCAUUUGGGUUGGUUUCAAAUUGAGGGGGAGGAGACCAUUCAUGCAUACUGUAAAGUGUGAUUAAUGCUUUAACAUGUCAAGCCAAGGAUAGUUACCUGCUUCGGAGCAGAAGCAGUUUAGAUGUAUCUCAACGAAACUUUCUGUGGUUUCUGGAUCCUUAAAUGGGGAUGCAGAUGCGGGUGAUUUUAUAUGUGUCAGGUAAGGGCCCAGUGGAUGUGAAAGCUCACUUCUUCCUGUACCACAGCUGUUUUAUAUUCAAGCAUUUCAAAUAUUUGUGGUACUCAAAUUUCAUUUUCUGUAAAUAGCCCAUUCGUAUAUUUUGUCUAUUUUUUUCUACUGGGACUUUCAAAAAAUGUUUUUAUUUAGAAAAAAUUAUAGAUUUAUAGGAAGUUGCAGAAAUAAUACUCUCUAGUACUAUUUAGUUCAUGUACCCUACAUCCAGUUUCCCCUGAUGGUACAUCUUACAUAACUAUAGUACAAUAUCAAAUUUGACACUGGUACAAUCAACAGACCUUAUCAGUGAUCAGAUUUCACUGGUUGUAUGUGCACUUGUGUAUUUAUGUCUGUGUGGUUUUAUACAAUUUUAUAUGUAAAUUAGUGUAACUACCACCAUAAUCAAGAUAUAAAACUUCCAACACCACAAAGAUCCUUGGUUCUAACCCUUUGUAGUCACACCCAUCCUCCUUUCCUCCCCCUGCUCUGCACUCAUAACCCCUGGCAACCACUAAUCUAUUCUCUAUAAUUUUGUCAUAUCAGGAGUGUUCUAUAAGUGGAAUCAUACUCUAUAUAACCUUUUGAGAUUGACUUUUUUCAUUCGACAUAAUUCCCUUGAGAUCAAUGUGAGUUGUUGCAGGUACAAUAAUUUGUUUUCUUUUUUUGCAAGUUCUGAGCAGUUUCCCGUGGUAUGGCUAUAACAUGGCUUCUUUAACCAUUCAGCCACUGAAAGACAUUUGGGUUGUUUCCAAUUUUUAGUUAUUACAAAUAAAACUGCUGUGAACAUU